AUGGAACAAGAUGAGGCAGAGAAAAGCUUGCAAAUCCUAUUGAACUUCCUACACAACUUAAGGCAGAAAAAAAUUGAUGAUCUGAAUAAGAUGCAAAAUGAUAUUUUAUACAUCAAGGAUGAUCUAACCGCCGUCGAAAGACACAAAAUGACCCUAAAGCGUGCAAGAGAAAUGCACUGCAAGAAAAAUGAGGGAAAAUUUCAAGUCAGCCCCCAUGGGACACAGAGCAAGGGUGAUGUGCCGACUUCACAACAUGUAGGCGAUCUGGCGGUCAUGCGGAAAAAGCGGUUGACCUUAUCCUGGUUCCAGCCUAUUACGAGUGAUUGCGGAACUUACGCAUGGGGAUCUCUUUCAUUCAGCGAAUAUUAUCUCAAGGUAAGUUGGAAAUUGAAACAUAUAGAAUUUGAUCGUGAUGAUGAGCUGUUUGCCACUGCUGGACUUUCACGCCGUAUAAAAAUUUUCGAUUUCUCUUUGAGUAUCAUGGAAUAUGAGGAACAUGAAAAACGUGCAUGGUGUGUUGAUUUUUCCCGCACAGACCCUUCAAUGCUCGUGUCUGGUAGUGACGACUGCAAGGUUAAAGUAUGGUGUACUAAGCAAGAAGCCAGCGUCCUCAACAUUGAUAUGAAGGCAAAUAUAUGCUCUGUAAAGUAUAAUCCUGAAUCGAGCAAAUAUAUUGUGGUUGGUUCUGCAGAUCAUCAUAUCCAUUAUUAUGACUUGCGGAACACUUGUCAUCCUAUUCAUGUGUUCAGUGGCCACAAAAAAACGGUUUCUUACGUAAAAUUUUUGUCUGAAAACGAACUUGCUUCUGCAUCGACAGAUAGUACGCUUCGACUAUGGGAUGUCAAGCAAAAUUCACUCAAAUCCUUCAUAUCCUCUGCAAUAUUUGGCCUUGUUCUAUUUCAUAACCUGAAAGCAAAUCAUUUAGAGGUGAUGACAUUGCUACUAGGACCACAAGGUAUGCUUCGAAGGCGACUACACAUUGGUACGUCUACUUUACCCUUCACACGUCUAUACUCACUAUAGGCUUGUGUAUUUCAUUUUUUUAAGUUGCUAUUCAUAUGGUAAGCUUGGAUUUAGUAUUCCACAAGUUUUAUUGUAUAUAGACAUGCCGCAGCUGCUUUGAGGUCCUCUCUAGCAUUUUCCCGGUAAGCUCUAAUACUCUAGUUUUGCUAAUCUUACUUGCUUUAGUUAUAGACCCUUUUACAAAUUGUGAAACCUAAAAUGAAGGUCGGCUGUUGUUUUUUCUCCUGCUGCCCUAGCUGUAGUUGAAAAAAAAAAUGGUGGUUGCACAAAUUGUGAAACUUAAAAUGAAGGUUGGCUGUUGUUUUUUUCCUGAUUCCCUAGCUAUAGUUGAAAACAAAAGGUUGUUGCUUAUUGCUAGAUUGGUGGUUAUGUUUUUUGUUUGUUAUUUUUUCAGAUUUAUUUUAGGCAUCAUUUGAACUUAAAAAAUACUAUGACAUUAAAAUGUAAUUAAUUUUAUUUAGGUUUUCAUUAGGAUGUCCAUCUUAUGGCUUAAGGACGGAUGAUGAUUAGUUAUAGACCUUAUUUGCUCUUUUCUUGAUGCUCUUUUACUUUUUUUCUUUCUGUCGUAGCUAUACUUGAAAAGGUUGUUGUUUACCAAGUGGUUAAGUUUCUUUUGUUUUUUAUUUCUCAGACUUAGGCAGAAGGUAACUAGUUUUAUAAUUCAAUAUAUAUAUAUAUAUAU